CGCUCUUUUGUCUCAGUCGCCAGAGACUGAAAGCAACCGCGGCUGCCCGGAGGGCCGAACUGGAGGGUGGGCGCAGCCUUGGCUGCCUUGGGAACCGUGCUGCCUCGACUCGGCUACCCCUCGCUGGGCGGUCGUGCGCACUCGCUAGGUCGGGCAGCCCCGGGUUGCUUAGCGGCCGAGGAGGCGCCAGAGAUCCCGUUCCCCCGCAGAGCUACGGGGACUGGAAGGCGAAACAGAGCUGUGGACGCGGGAGCACAUGCUGCCCACCAGUGGAGCACAGGUAAAGAAAGAGCGCGCGAUUGCCCGGCGCUGAGAGGGGUGGGGGAAGCCCCGCCAGGACUGGGCGGCGCCCGGCUUGGAGAAUCAGUAACUGCGAGGCAGGGGAUGGAGCACUCCCUUGGCCUGGUUGCGCUGAGGAAGGAGUUGUGGUUCAUCUGGAUGCUGCCGACUGGAUAGGAUUUAGGAUUUGCCUGGAUUAAGGUCAUCAAAGCCGAAUCCGAACUUGAAUUCUGUGCGGCGGAUUGCAGAGCUGUCUUGAGGCCCUGAGGACUGGGAUCUGCGACACCCAGUGGACAAAAGUCGGCCGUACCCCAGAGGCUAAUUUUCUCACGGCAGGCACCUGUUGCAGAGGCUGCAAGUAAAAUAAAGGCGAACGCUAGUUUCCGAGCUCAUGUAAGAAUCUGAGAAAUAACGGGGGAAACGUUGACAAGGGGGUGUGAUUGAGACCUGAGGCCAUGAGGUUAAUGGUUUCUUAUUACCAUAAAUCUGUGACACACAACCAUUGAGUUCCGUUUUGAGGGCCCAGUAUCAGCUCCCAACACUAUGUCAUCUAGAAUUAGAAGCAACAGUUGUCGCCCCUCCUGGAGUACAGGCAGGAGGGGAUGGAUGUGGCUCUGAAAAACUACCUACUAGCCCAGGGACACCUGCUAGCUCUGGAAUGUUGUAAUUGCCAGUCUCCUGCAGGGUACUGUUAAGGCACUGGGCAGAUAUAAAAUGCACUGCAAGGCUAUUCAGGAAGAUAGAGAAUGCUACUGCAGACUGCUUCCCCACAGCCCACUAUCUUAUUAACCACUUUUACUUUCCUUAGAAUCCCUACUGAAAUACAAGGCAGGCACAGCCCAGGAACGUUGCUUUGGAGAAUCCUGCAGAUAAGGCUUUUCGAAAAAGCGCGAGCAUCUUGUUGUAUUCAGAUACCCUAUCGUCGUCGGUCAUGGCUAGCAUCACUGCGCGUGUGGGUAACAGCAGGCAGCAGAAUGCACCUUUGCCGCCUUGGGCCCAUUCCAUGUUGAGGUCUCUGGGGAGGAGUCUCUGUCCUUUAGUGGUCAAAAUGGCAGAGAGAAACAUGAAGUUGUUCUCAGGAAGAGUGGUGCCAGCCCAGGGGAAAGAAACCUUUGAAAACUGGCUGAUCCAAGUCAAUGGGGUCCUGCCAGAUUGGAGUAUGUCUGAGGAGGAAAAACUCAAGCGCUUGAUGAAAACACUUAGGGGCCCUGCCCGGGAGGUCAUGCGUUUGCUUCAGGCGGCCAACCCCAACCUAAGUGUAGCAGAUUUCUUGCGGGCAAUGAAAUUGGUGUUUGGGGAGUCUGAAAGCAGUGUGACUGCCCAUGGUAAAUUUUUUAACACCCUGCAGGCACAAGGGGAGAAAGCCUCCCUUUAUGUGAUCCGUUUAGAGGUGCAGCUCCAGAAUGCUAUUCAGGCAGGCAUCCUAGCUGAGAAAGAUGCAAACCAGACUCGCUUGCAACAGCUUCUUUUAGGCGCUGAGCUGAAUAGGGACCUGCGCUUCAGGCUUAAGCAUCUUCUCAGGAUGUAUGCAAAUAAGCAGGAGCGGCUUCCCAAUUUCCUGGAGUUAAUCAAGAUGAUAAGGGAGGAAGAGGAUUGGGAUGAUGCUUUUAUUAAACGGAAGCGGCCGAAAAGGUCUGAGCCAAUAAUGGAGAGGGCAGCCAGCCCUGUGGCAUUUCAGGGCGCCCAGCCAAUAGCAAUCAGCAGUGCUGACUGUAACUGCAACGUGAUAGAAAUAGAUGAUACCCUUGAUGACUCUGAUGAGGAUGUGAUCCUGGUGGUGUCUCUGUACCCUUCACUGACACCUACAGGUGCCCCUCCCUUCAGAGGAAGAGCCAGACCUCUGGAUCAAGUGCUGGUUAUUGAUUCCCCCAACAAUUCUGGGGCUCAGUCUCUUUCUACCAGUGGUGGUUCUGGGUAUAAGAAUGAUGGUCCUGGGAAUAUUCGUAGAGCCAGGAAGCGAAAAUACACAACCCGCUGUUCAUAUUGUGGGGAGGAGGGCCACUCAAAAGAAACCUGUGACAAUGAGAGCAACAAGGCCCAGGUUUUUGAGAAUCUGAUCAUCACCCUGCAGGAGCUGACACAUACAGAGGAGAGGUCAAAAGAGGUCCCUGGAGAACACAGUGAUGCUUCUGAGCCACAGUAAGGAUCUAGUCCAGCCCUAAAUGAGUCCUUGACUGUAUUCAGAGUCUGGUAAUGGGAAUAACAGGAGAGGGGGGUGGGUUUCUAACUGCAUGAAUUAAUCCACAAAGCAGUUUUCCUUUGGGAAGGAGAAGAGGUCUUGCAUACCAGCACAGUGGAUGGGGAAUGGUGUGACCUCUGUCCCUGCUCUCUUCUCUGCUGGCUUAAGGGUCUAUUCUCCAUGUGUCUAUUUCUUUGAUGACUUUAUACUUUUUAUGAAAGGAGCAUCUUUUCAUUAAACCUUCAAAAAUAAAGGAAGAUACAAAAACUAAAGUACAAAUUACCUGAAACUCAGCACCCUUUUGUAACCAUUGUCAGCCCUUUGGUGAAUGUCCUUCCAGAUAUCUCCCUGUACCUGUGUACCCAGAUAGAUAUAUGUAUAGAUAAGAGUGACCAAAUGUAAGUGCUGUUCUAUACUGUGUAUUUUUCACCAAAUAAUGUAUCUCGUGGACUUCUAUGUCGAUGAAUAUAUAUAAAUAUCUAACUUCA